GUAACACUAAUUGAUGGGCUGGGCUUUUUAUGCCUUUACUCGUGGUAUCCCGCUAGUAGCUCGCGGAGAGUCUGGCACGGGCUAGCUACAGUAGUAAAUAGCAUGCGGGAGUCGAUACAUGCCCUUCGUUGUGACUUGUUGUGCCUUCAAGACACACAGAGCGAACGGACGCGGUCGAGUGUAGCACUGAACCCGAUCAUAUCGGUAUUUACCUGAUUUCGUGCGCGCGGUGGCAGAAAACGUGGUAACAGACAGACGGACUGACGGACUGAC